CCGGUGACGCACGGGGAGGGGGCGGGGCGCGGUGAUCACGUGUUUGGUCGGUCACGCGGCGCGCGGCGCGGCGGUCACGUGACGCGGCGGCCGCCAUGCUGUCCCGGCUGCUGAAGGAGCACCAGGCCCGCCAGAGCGAGCGGCGCGAGCUGCAGGAGCGGCGGCGCAGGGACGCGAUUGCGGCCGCCACCCGCCUCACCGAGGCCUUGGUCGAUCACCUCAACGUGGGGGUGGCGCAGGCCUACGUGAACCAGCGCAAGCUGGACCAGGAGGUGAAGACGCUGCAGGUGCAGGCGGCGCAGUUCGCGCGCCAGACCGGCCACUGGAUCGCCAUGGUGGAGAACUUCAACCAGGCCCUCAAGAUCGGGGAUGUGGAGAACUGGGCCCGCAGCAUCGAGCUGGACAUGAGGACCAUCGCCACCGCCCUCGAGUACGUCUACAAGGGGCAGCUGCAGCCCUCCUGCUCCUGAGGGACCCCCGGGAGCCCCCCCGGACCCCCAGGAACCCCCCCGGACCCCCCAGCCCCGCCGGCUAACAGGGGGAGGGUCUCACCGCGGUGUCCUCGGCUCCCCCCGGCACUGGGAUCAAUGGAAUAAAGCAGGGGGGGCACAG